GAUUGAACGUGUGUAUUUCUUCUCACCACACUUUUUAGGUAGUUCACAUCGAUAAGACUAGGGAAACCAAUUAAACGAAAAUAACGAAUUCGAUUAGAAAACAAAAGUAAAUUAUAAAAUUAUUAUCACAUAAAAAGUAAAUUAAGUCACAACAACGAAGCAAUGAAUCGCCGAAAAAACACGAAAUCGAUGUGGAGCAAAUUUACCUCGCCGUCAAAUCACUCGGCAACAAAUCUUCUGAUCGAGCCGGCCAGUUCAACCACGAAACUACUGCGCGGCAAUCGAUCGAUGGGUGGCUGUGAUAAUCAUAGUUAUUAUGCGGCAACAGCCGCAAUCAUCCCUGCUGCUGCACGGACGGCAUCAGCACACGGUUCAACAUCAGCGCAAACCACACAACAAAUUUAUGGUGCCAGCAAUGUGGUGGCGGGACGAUCAUCGCCGGGCACACUGACUGGCACAAGUGCAGCUGCCUUAUCGUUUGCUGCGAUGGAACAGAUGCAUAUACAAAAUCGAUUGUAUUCAGCAUAGCGAAUCACGAUUGAGGGCAACGAACAAUGGUAUCGUGGCCCACUCAAAGCGGCCUUUUUAGGUGCAAGAGGUGUGGGAAAAACCAGCUUACUUGAGCAAUUUUUUAAGCAUAAUUUUCCCAUUUGUCACUCUGCAACCACCAAACGAAAUACUUACCGUAGUUGUUUAGUCUGUGACACGUGCAUUCGCGAGUUGAUCGUAUUGGAUGUGCCACUUCAGCGACGAUUUCCUGUAGAUAACUUAGCCGAAUGGAACGGCGGUCAACCGUUGGGCCUUCGAACUUCUCAUGCAUAUGUGCUCGUCUUUGAUAUGGCGAAUUUGGCAACGUUUCAGUAUUGCCGUACGAUGCGAGAUCAGAUUUUGGAGAGCUUUAACCAUCGUGAUUUCAGUUUAAUGGUUGUUGGCAAUAAAUACGAUCUGGUGGAAACGGAAAAAAGUCGACAAUCUCAGGAACUCAAAGAUAUUUCUACACUGGUUCGGAAGCACUGGCGAUGCGGAUACGUGGAAUGCUCUUCGAAAUUCAACUACAAAGUGAACGAAGUAUUCCGUGAGUUGAUGGGUUGUACGGGCGGUAUUGGUGGUUUUCAUUUAGCAGGCAUGAAUUUUUCGCAAUCGCAUGACAAGGACAAAUGUACGAUUCUAUAGCGAUUGCUUUUUUCGAGUUUGAAUAGUAUGGUACCCACAGCAAAUUCAUUGGAUGAAAAAACGACGAAAUCGGCGACGGCGAAGGACUUAAGUAACAGUAGCAAUACACCGAAUCGAAGUAGAAAAGAGCGUAGCAGCAGUAAAAGUCCACAGCCAAGCCAGUCGUCAUUGUCACCGCAGAAAAGUAUCCGUAAAACCAAUAUGAUAGUCACCACAAACAAUAGCUCCUCCUCCAGUUUUAAAUGUAAUUUAAAGUGUAAAAAAUCCACCGAAGAGACUUUCGUUUGAGGUUUUUCUUUCGGUUAUGCGAUUAUUUUCCAUUUCUUUAGACUCUUUGUUCUGCACUCCAACUGGGUUCUGUACUAUUUGAAAUGCUACAUGGCGCUUUUAGGAAUUUAAUUAAAUUGUUAGCCAUGAAAUUAUACUUGAUUGAACAAGAAACAUAAUUUUUAAUUCCAAUUGGGACGACUCAAGUCAAAAAUGCCAUUUCGAUAAUCUAAUUGAAUCGAAAGCUAAUCGAUUUUAAAUUGUUUUUUGUUUCGUGUUUGAAAUGGAACACGUGGCGGCGAGCUCGUUUGUGAUAAUAUCGUUAGGCUAUUACUUAGUUGCUAAUAAAAAUAAAACUGAAAAUGCUAUAAACAAAUUACUUACACAACAAGAACAACAAAAUACAAUGUAAACGCUUACAAAUUUUAAUCAUUUAUGCGCACGUAUGACGAUGAACGAUUUCCAAAUUUCUAUUAAGCUAUUAGUACGUAUGAAAUGGCUGUUUUCUCUUUGAAGGUACUUCUAUCGUAGAGCAGUUAAGACAAUAAUCCAACAACAGUAUUCACUUAACAUCGUUUUCCAUUUUUCCAUUUUUCCAUUUUCCAUUUGACAAUCUGCCUGGGCUUUUUUCGACAAUUUGUUCAUAUGGGUUCCAUACAAAUUUUUCGCUCAAUUUUUUCAACCAAACAAAAUUCGAGUUCACAGAGUUGCUUUUAGAUUGUUGUUUUUUUUGCAUGACGUCAGCAUGAUGCGUGACAUGUCAGAAACAGGACACUAUGAAAAGCCACAUUCAUUUUCCCUUUGAAAAAUCAAUGAAUUUUGUUAUUAAAAACUUAAAUUAAACGUUGUCUUUUCUAUACAUACAAGCAACAAUCUGAUCGCACAAACAAAAACAAACACCACACAGACGCGCUGUGUUCUCAACUUCAAUUAGCUCGUAAUUGGAUGAGUGGAAAUAAUGGCAAGGUAUGUGACAUACGCCAAACCGUGAUGCCAAAAAUAAAAUGUUUCAAACGUAAAAGUUUUCCCUCACACGCUUCGUUCGUGCUAAAAAUAUGCGAUUCGUUUCAUAAAAUUGGCCGUUAGGUUGGUUUGGUUUUUUUCCCAGAUGAUGUGACAAAAAGAAUAUGAGUAAAAAUCAAACUGUUGCUAUCGGCAAGAGAAUCAUAAAAUCCACCGAACGAGAUAAACCACACACACAUACACAUGGCAGUGGAGAAAAUGGAGAUAGAAAUGUUGAACACCCUCAUCCCAUAACAUGUAAUAUGAUAACCGUUGUUAAUAUUAAAUAUACACGUAUUUUGUGCCAAGCCAUAGGCAUUUCAGUAACUGUGCGAAUAGUAGGUUUAGAUUAAAUGAAGAAACAAAAAACCGUAGAUUUAAGCAACUUGAUCAAAAAAAACAAAAACACUGUACUUAGAUUGAAUGUGUGCGGUUAUAGAAAUUAUUUAUUUUAUCGAGAAAGAAAAGGAGGAGAAAUUGACAAAAUUUAACUCAAAAUUCAAUCAUUUUAUCAUUCGGCUUAUAUGACAAACACACAGACUACCAAUUUAGGUUAUCCAUGAAAAUUGUCAGCGCUCGGCAAAAAACUUUCAGUUGUAGAAGACAUUUGUUUUCCAGAUGUUCGCAUUAUAUGUCAAUAAAUGUGAGCCUAUCGCGGGUAAAACCGUUAAAGAAUUCAUUUAAAUAUGGUAGACAAGUAUUUGUGUACUGGUAAUUAGUACUGGAACGAUGGAUGGUAAAAACUAAUCAAACCAUAGAAAACAACGCUUAUGUAACGCAAAGAAUAUUCUCUGUGUGGAUAAACAUUUGAUGUAUGAGCAUAACAGUCGAAUAUAAUUCCCAGCCGAAUGCUCUUGAAUGGAAGGCAUCAUCAUGAAUAGACGAUUAUUUACUUUGAAUUUAUCAAUCGUUUACUUGACUUGAGCAAUUAUUCUAGGCAAGUAAAGGUAAGCCAAAAUCGAUUGGGUUAUCGUUUCAAAAAAAAAAGACUAUUCAAACCAUCAGUUUCAUUUUCGUUUCGUAAAUACCACCGAACAUAGCUUCGAAUCACACUCAAAAUACACAAACAUGGAAAAUUGUCUCAGUUUGUAUUGCUAUUCAAACUGUUUAAUAUGGCUGAAUGAAAUCGAUUUUUUGAAUUUUAAAUCAACGUUCGACCUUUCCAUUGUGCGACAUUUCUCAACUUCCAUUAUACUUUCUCCAAUCUACUCUAAUUGCUUGCCAUCCAUCGUACAUUUUAAUAAUGUCUUUACGUGUCUUUUCGUUUUUUAUGUUUCAAAUAUAAAUGUUAAUUCAAUCAAUACCUAUAGGUACAAGACUUGGGUAUUUUCGUUCGAUUCGGAGAGCUUUGAUUUGAACAAACAACAACUUAAACUAUAAUUGAUUCCAUGGUUUUUCGAAUAGAAUACAUAAAAAAAGUUAUUUCUAGAUGGCUUUAAGCAUCAAGCAAAAACGAUUUCAAGCAAUAGUAGGCCAUUUUUCAGCGCUUUAAUUGGCUUCUCUCUGGUAUCCCAAUAAUUCAAAAAAAAAACAAAUUCUAUUUAACUUGUGCACUGUGCAGAGAAAAUUAAUUUAUUUUUUCAUCAACUGUAAAUACUAAAGAGAAUAAAUGAUUCACUUGAUGGUAUUUUAAGUUUGUAAAUUAUUGGCAUAUAUGAAUAGAAUUGUAAAAAAAAUUAGAAUGUGGCAACUGUUGGCCAGGUGAAUAGAGAAAAAAAAACAAACACACGCAGCUUUUGUUGAAGUCAAACUUUUACAUGUUUCUUGCAAAUAAUUUGUAUUUAAAAAUGCAGUAAUUACUAGGGGCGAGACACGAAUUCUUUUAGAGUCUAGUUACAUUCAAUUUUAUAUAUUUUUUGCUUUAUGUCCUCUAAUUUUUCUAGUUUUGGUGCAAAAGUGCUAAUAUUGUGCUAUUAUUUCUAGUAAAAUCACUUGCAGAGCAUAUUGCAAUGUGAAUACAACGCUUAUGAAAGACCUAACGGGACUAUUUUGUAAACAAUAAACAAUACGUCCAUAAGCGUUAACAUUGGCAAACCAAACUCACUAAUUUCUUCUAUUUUUCCUAUUAUCGUUGAAUAAUGUUCUAAUUUUACUCAUUUUACUCAUUUAAGUUUCGUGUCUCCCCCCUAGAGUAAUUAGAUAACAAUUUGAGCUAUUGAAUAAUUUUUAAUGGAUAAACAGUAAUGGUGUAUGAAAUGCGACGAAAAUAUUGUAGUAGAAGUGUAUGCACUUGUAACGUAAAGCGCAGCGCUAUUGAAUAAAGUAAAGAAAAAAUUGUUACCGCAAAAUUC